AUGGACCUGGACGUGGUCAACAUGUUCGUGAUCGCGGGCGGGACGCUGGCCAUCCCCAUCCUGGCCUUUGUGGCCUCGUUCCUCCUGUGGCCGUCGGCGCUGAUAAAAAUCUAUUACUGGUACUGGCGGCGGGCCCUGGGCAUGCAGGUCCGUUACGUUCAGCAGGAAGACUACCAGUUCUGCUACUCCUUCCGCGGCAGGCCGGGGCACAAGCCGACCAUCCUCAUGCUCCACGGGUUCUCGGCGCACAAGGACAUGUGGCUCAGCUUGGUCAAGUUCCUUCCGAAGAACCUGCACCUGGUCUGCGUGGACAUGCCAGGACAUGAGGGCACCACCCGCUCCUCCCUGGAUGACCUGUCCAUAGACGGGCAAGCCAAGAGGAUACACCAGUUUGUAGAGUGCCUCAAGCUGAAUAAAAAACCGUUCCACCUGAUAGGCACCUCCAUGGGCGGCAAUGUGGCCGGCGUGUACGCUGCUUACUACCCAUCGGAUAUCUGCAGCCUGACUCUCGUGUGUCCUGCUGGCCUGCAAUACUCAACGGAUAAUCAGUUCAUACGACGGCUCAGAGAGCUGCAGGACUCGGCCACCUUGGAGAAGAUCCCGCUGAUCCCGUCCACCCCGGAGGAGAUGAGCGAGAUGCUACAGCUCUGCUCCUACGUCCGCUUCAAGGUGCCCCAGCAGAUCCUGCAAGGCCUUGUGGACGUUCGCAUCCCUCAUAACGACUUCUACCGAAAGCUGUUUUUGGAAAUCAUCAAUGAGAAGUCGAGAUACUCCCUCCAUCAGAACAUGGACAAGAUCAAGGCCCCCACGCAGGUCAUCUGGGGGAAACAAGACCAGGUGAUCGACGUGUCCGGGGCAGACACGCUGGCCAAGGCUAUCUCCAACUGCCAGGUGGACCUUCUGGAAAACUGCGGGCACUCUGUGGUGAUGGAGAGACCUCGAAAGACAGCCAAGCUCAUCGUCGACUUCUUAGCGUCUGUGCACAACACAGACAACAACAAGAAGCUGGACUGA